GUUUAACAUGCAAGUUUAUUAAGAGAUGUGUGUAGUCUUGGACAUUUUAUAUAAGCUCCUCUUUCACUUUAACUGUAAGAAAUAAUCUUGUAAGUGUUGCUUAGUCAUGUUCUAUUCAAUUAAUAAAUAACACAGGAAUUAACUUCUGUUAAACAGGACCCUUUGUGAUUCAAGGUAAUGAAAAACGUUGCACAUAUAGUAUUAUUUCAAUGAUUUAAAUGCACAAGGUAUUUAAAUCUGAUGUUGUUUAGCUUAAUAGAUUAGACCCCAAUGUGUUAUGUGUAAUUUAAUAAUUUUGGAGAAAGAAACCACUUUCAAAGGCCAGGCUUUAUAAAGUAGUCCUCUGCCAGAUAGUUUGUGUAUGAAAUGUCAUUUGGUUACCCUGGUAACUUAUCACAAUUACCACAUUGCUCCGUGUACCAUGAACAUGACUGAACUACAGUCCUGGUGAAUUCAGGCACAUAAUUAAGGGGUCUUCACUAAAACCCAUUCCCUGCCCUGCAUUCCAUUUAUCAGCACCCGUUGGACUUGAUAUGAGACUUAUAUAUGUGAACAACACUCAUGAAACAGAGUUUGUUUUUAAGAUUUAGUGCAAUAAAUUACUCUAAUAAUGGAUAUCACGUCAGACAACAGUUAGUCACACACUGCAGCGUGUGACGGUUUCUGCUUCAGUGUACUGUAUAUGUUAUUGGUAAAUUCAGCAAUAGGUUGAUUUAAUAUCUAGCCCAAAUUAAAUAAUGCUACAAUCAUGCAGCUAGUACUACUAGUUAAUCUUAAAAUUAACAGGAUAAUCUGAGAAUGAAUCUACUGCAUACCUAACCCUUGUAAAUUACUUGCAAAGUCUCAUUAGACGGGUGCACGUUUAGCCAUUUUAAAAUGGCAAAAAAGAGAGUAUUUGAUUGUGAGGAGCAUGGCUCAUGUUAGUUCAUGUUUGUUUUGUUAAACAAUAUUACAUGUACAUGUAUGGAAAGUUCAUUUUCUUUCCAAAACUGAAAAAGAGUAGUUUAUUAAUUGUAAAUGGACCAAAUGAAGAAGAGAAACUGACAGAGGAAUUAACAGGUUAAUAUGUACGUAGAGUGAAAGUUCCUGUAUAUUAUGUUGUGGUGGAUAUUUCGUCAGUAUCUUAAUGUUGUGUAUUUAUGGUGUGCAUUUUAAUGCUGGUGUCUAUGUGCCAUGUACUAAUCAAUCCGUAAAUAAUAUCUUUUAACUACAGUGUGGCUUUGCCAAGGAUUUUGGGAUUGUACAGUAUACGUGUUCAUAUCUAGUAUGAAAUUAUGGCUGAUGUUGAUAAAGUUUUGGGAAAUAUACUGCACCCUCCUCAUAUUUUAACAGAAAUUAAAUAUGUGCAUGACUUGGGAUGAAGUUGUCUUGGUCUUGAUCUGGGGGUCUGCAACAGAUUGGGCUUUCACUGACUGGCUUCUGGCUGACCAGGCUUCUUUUUUGCCUUCCUUCACACGUGUUGAGAGCUAAAUGGUUUUGGAAAGCACUGUAUUUGGAUUUGACACUGUGAAGCAUUCAUAAUCAUAAUCUAUGUGCAUAAACCUUCAGAUUCACUUUGAAAACUGACAUAAGAUGCAUAUACGUAUUCUUAACAUGACAAUAGUGUUUUUAUAUCAUUUGUUACUAUAAAGCUACAAAAUGGUAUUUAAUAGAUUUCAAUAAUUACAGUAAAAGAAUCAUAGACAUGCACUUGCAAUGCUAACAAUGUUAUCUUUUUGUCAUUUUCAAUUGUAAACUUUUAAUUCCCACCUGAUGCUGAAUUAGCUUGGUGCUUUAUUGUGCUACAAUGUUCCCAGUUUUAACUUCCUUAUAAUCAAGCAUACAUGGGCUCAGCAGAUUUAAUUAUAUCUCCCCUUUUAGAGCAGCCCCCUUCUGUGGCUAUUAUAUGAAGUGUAGGCUGUUUUUUUAUUCUGUCAUCCGUCAAUGUCAGUCAACAUCAGUCAACAAUUUGAUUCAUACUUUUGACCAUCUAGAAACACCUCAAGACUCACUUCCAAUAAACUCUUUAAAUAGAAUGAGGAGCUUUAGCAGUCAACUAAGAAAGUCAACAUGCACCCUAAAAGUCGCGCAAUGUGCAAGGCUGGUCAUUUUGCAUUCAUCACAGAGCAGUGCUACAUAGCAGGAACAAGAUUCUAAGACAAGCACCAUAGGCUGUUUAACGGGAGCUGUCAUUUCCUUCCUCAAGACAAACAAUGGAAUUAUUCAGCAAGUAAUGCAAAAACACUUCUAUAGAUUAGCCAGUUAUUUUGCUCUCUGGUGAAUGCUCCCUUGUACAGUGGCAACAUCACCGUACUGCUUGCCAUGGACUUCUGUGUGACUAAUACAGUAAAUAGAGCGAUUAGAGACAACAGUUUAAAGGUCAAAGCAUCACAGUUUGAAAUAAAAGUUUGAGCAGGUACUUAGAACUCCAUAGCUAGCAGGAGUUUCAGAUAAAUAGAUGGUGAAUUGAUUAAAACCCAGUUUCAGAGCAGCAAGAUGAGAAUACUUCUAAACAGUCUGUUAUUCUGGCAGCUUGUUUGAUGUCCUAUGUGUUUUGAAGUUUGUCAUCCCUCAGCAAAAUCUUAUACAAAAUGCUGUUUUACAUUCUGCGUGUACUUUUGUAAUCUAGAAAUGAUGUCUGGAAAUUGUAUUCUGUAGGUUUAACAUAAAAAUGUCUAUAGCGAUUUCUGGAGGGCAGACUUAAUUUGACAGUAAAACUGAUCUAAGCAAUUCCUUUAUCCCAGUGUUGGCCAAUAAACUUAGUAUUGAGAUCCAUUUUGGUGGAUUUCAAUAGGCUCUGCGAUCCACCAGCAAUAAAGUGAACAAGGGGGUCCCUGAGUGGCUCAUCCAGUUAAAGCCCUGCCACUGGGAGCGCAGGAUGAGUCACACAGCUUGGACGGCGCCGGUUCGUGUCCGGGCUGUGCAAAGAGGCUGAGCUUUGCUGGAGACUCCGAAGGGAGCGUCACAUUGGGAUGGGAAAACGGCAGGGACUCUUUCUACUCAUCGCGCAACAGCGAACCCUACUGGCCAGACACCGAGCACAUUCAGAGUGGUUAACAAGCAGGGCAGAUCUCUGUUCUCCAAGAUUGGUGGCCCUCACACCUCUGCUCUGGAUUGCUCGGUAUAAAAGCAAUUCUGUUUUAGGCUUGUGAGAUUGGAACUUCUGUGUUGUGUGGGGACCCGCUGCGGUGAGGAGAAAAACCAUAAUUGGACAUUCCAAAUUGCAGGGAAAAAUAAAUAAAAAUAAUAAUUGGUCACUCUAAAUUAAAAUAAAAAAGAAUAAAGUGAACAAGACUACAAUAAAGUUAAAUUGUUUUGACCAAUUGUGAUUAUCUGGCUUUUAGCCAGUGGUGACCAAUACGUUACGGUAGCAAUGAAAAAAAAGAAUGCAUGCCAGCAUUUUCAACUAAGAAAGGACAAAUACGUUCAGGUUUUUUUUUAUCUGAAGAAAAGAAAGUCCUGAAAAGCUGCUGUGUAUUUUGUGACCUUUUUGCCCAAUAACAAAUUGAACAUGUGAAUGUAUUUAAAUUAAAGAACCUUUUUAGUCAGGUAGACAAAUGUGCACCAUUUUUGUUUUCUGCAAAAAUGAAACCUGGUGGCAUAAAAAUGCACAAAUGCCUGAAGUUUAGUCUGAACUUUUGCAUGCUUUGGCUUUGAUUUUUUCCAGCUUAGGCUCAAAAGACCCAUUCAAUAUCCUUCAAGAAUUUGUCAAAUUUGGUAAUCUGCUUGUUAGCUAGAAAUUCUUUGAUCUGGGAUAAUGAAGCGCUGAACAAUUUUUCCUCUUCUCAACCAGCGUACUCCAGAAUGCAGAAUCAGAUCACCAUAUUCUGUGUCAGUUUCCUCCAGAAACUAAACAAACUGUCUGUGAAGCAAUGCAUUUGCUCGGAUUUUGUAGGCAAUGCUAACAACAACAUGCAUGACUGACAAAAGCUGCUGAUUUGAAGCCUUAGCACACAACGGUUCUUGGUGGCUAAUGCAAUGAAAUUCCAAUGGAACUACAAAACCAAUGGACCUAGCAAUCACGGCAGGUGACAGAUACAGGCUUUUCUAGAGGGAGGCCAUUAUCCAUCACAGCUUUAUUCACCCCAUCGAAAAUAUCCACACCUCUGGUGCGAUUGUGUAGCCCUCGCAGAGCCAACAUAUCUUCAAAAGACUCCAAGUUUUCCUGAUCCACACCCAGACACACAACUGGAAUCUUCAUUGAUUCAAAAAUGCAAUCUUUCACAAAUUCUGCAUCAGCAAAUAACCGUUUUUCCUUUGCCAACAGCCAAGCAAUCUUAAUUCAUUGCUGUUUUAGCACCUGCUGAGUAAUUAGCUGCUGUUUCAAACUGACAAUUUUACAGCCCAUUCAGCAGAUCCAAGUGGAAAUGGAUCUGCAAAACACUGAUUCAUGGUCAUAUGGUGCUUCAGGUUACUAGCAUGAGCCAUACUCAAACUUGUGUUGCACAUAAAAAGGUUUGUCGUUCAGUUCUAUAAUAGAUACUUCCAGCGCUCACCACUAAUGUUACUCUUUGGUGCCUACUUCGCCUUCUUUGAAACAGCUGGGAUAUUUUCAUCGAAAUCUCUACGACUUGAAGGCACAGAAGGCUCUCCCGCGUCUUUUGUAACUGUACACUACGAACCAACGAGUUGAGAAAGCUUGUUGCUCGGGAUGCCAAGGUGUGGAAGUUUUUAGCGCCAUCUGCUGUUUAGAAUGAAUUGAAUUUUUCAUUGUAGGUAUUCAUUGUCAGGAAUUAUAUUUUUAAAUAUGCAAUCGACCCUGUUGAAACUAUUCUGUGCGUAUGUGUUGAUGCCCCAAGAUCCACCAGAAAUCUCUUGAGACCCAGGAAUGGCUACCACUGCUCUAUCCUAAUCCCUUAUCAAAAGUGGCUUAUUGAACAGAUUACUUGCAUUCCCCAGGCUGUAAAACUCACCAUGGAUUUAACACAAAAAAGAACAUAUAUGUUGUUUCAAUCCACAACAGUGUUUUUACAUAAACAGAAAAAUAUUACAUUUUGACACCCAGUGAAUACUUGUCAAAUACUGGUGCAGUAAAUUACAAGGAGGGUACAUCUGCUGAUAUUUUAAAAUACUCUGUCCUACAUAAAAACAGUUUUGUCAUGAUUUGUGCUUUUAACAAAGAAUGAAAGCCAAGAGCAACCCACCAUCUGUGUUUUAUCCUUUUUUUUCUUUUCUACUAAUUUCAGAAUAACUGUCUUGUCUCAUCUUGCCUUGUUACUAACACUACUUAUUCACAUACUAACAGUUACAGCGUUUGAGAUGCCCGAGUAGAAUCACAGAAUUUCACUUUGUUUACAAGCAGGCCAGCCUCUUCACUGUUUGCUCAACUCUUUGUCCUUCUCUCAUUCCUAUUGGCCUGUUCCCUCACUUUGACCCCCUGGGUCUGCUCUUCUUGUGCACUGCGGGAGAGAGCCCAUUCUUCCAGAAAGGCUGUCCUGAAAAAGGCACCUCCAUGCAUGAAUAGGCUACCCAUACUGGUAUGCGCUCUUACAUUUAUAAUAAGAACUCUAUCAUUGGGUCUCAGGCUGAGCAUUGUGGGAUGAGAACGUAUUACUUCAGUGCAGAUACCCAGGAAGAUAUGAAUGACUGGAUCCGUGCCAUGAACCAAGCAGCACUAAUGCAGACCCAUACGGCAGAAAGAGAAGCAGACAAAAUGGAAAAACAAGCCGUUCCCCAGACGAACCACGUCAACACAAACAAGGGCUACACCCAGGCAGAGGUGCCCCCAAAGCAAGAGGCGGCCCUGAGACCGGUCGGCGAGACGCUUGGCUUCGAGAAGCGGGAGGAGAUUCGUAAAGAAAGCGAAGAUGAGGAGAGGUACGGCUUUCGGAAGGACACGUUCAAGGACAAAAUCAAAGUGAAGUCUCCAGCGACUGUCGUGGAGGUUGACAGUUUGUUUACUGAGCCUGUCGGUUCGUCUCGCGCCCAGCCAGUCCAGAGGAAUGGAACCCUACCCAGUGCAAGGCAAGCGGAGCAGAAUGGAAACCCUGUGUACAAGAGAGGGUUUGUGCCCAGAACGGACACAGAGAAGCAUGUGCAAAGAAAGACCAACCUAUCACAGGUGGAGCAUUGGGUGAAACUGCAGAAAGGAGACUCCAAAAGUUCCAGCCUUCCAGCAUCCGAACAAACUCUUUCUCGGAGAACUCCUACCAGCCAGCCCCAGCUGAGCACUGAGAACUACCAGACUUUGCCAAAGAACUCCUGGCAGCCACCGAGCAGCCCCCCUCCGGAGUCUCGCAACCUGCCAAGCGAUUACAAAUACGCCCAUGACCGGGUGAGCCACUUCCGCAUGUCCAACGAAGAGCGCAAGGCCCACAAGGAGGGCACUGUGUGGCAGCUCUAUGAGUGGCAGCAAAGACAGCAGUUCAAACACGGCAGCCCCACUGCCCCCAUAUACACAGGUGCUCCAGACUAUGUCGACUCCAGUGCCCUAAAGGUUUCAUUAGAGGCCCCUCGGUCUAUUUCGGUGCCACCUUCUCCCUCUGACAUCCCCCCACCGGGACCACCACCAAAGGCCUUGUCGCCACGGAGACCUCACACUCCUGCAGAGAGGGUUACAGUUAAGCCUGUUGGCGAGAGGUCGACUGCUGACUUCCCUGCAUCUGGUUCACCAGGCAGGAUACGCGCUCAAGUUUCAAAGACAACACAUGCUGACAGACGCUCCAUGCCACCAAUGGGCUACAUGACACACACAGUGAGCGCUCCUAGUUUGCAUGGGAAAACGGCUGAUGAUACUUACAUGCAACUGAAGAAGGACCUGGAGUAUCUAGACUUGAAGAUUAGAAAUAUUGAACCUUUGAUCAUCAUGGUUCACAAUGUGUUACACAACUCUGCACAAGGUUUACGGCCCUGUUUAAACGUGUCAGGGCGUGAUUCCUUUAAAGACAGAUCUGCAAAACCUGUUAGAAUUGCUGAAAGUGAUGUGGAUGCAAAGUUAAGCCGGUUGUGUGAACAAGACAAGACCCUCCAGGACCUGGAAGCCAAGAUAAGGAUACUGAAGGAAGACAAGGAUAAGCUCGAGUCCGUUUUAGACGUGUCCCACAGGCAGAUGGAGCAGUACAAAGAGCAGCCAGCCCAUGCAGAAAAAAUAGCCUGCCAACAAAGACUUCUGCAAGAGGACCUGGUUCAGAUCAGAGCCGAGAUAUCCAGAAUCUCAACGGAAAUGGAAAAUGCCUGGAGUGAAUAUGGGAAGCUGGAAAUGGAUGUUGACCAGCUGGGAGAAGUGCUACAGGAACAAAUGAACAGAACAAUUCUCUCUCAGUUGACAACUUCUUUAAAGCAGGAAAAAUCACAAAUGCAGAAGGAUUUAUGGAGGAUUGAGGAUGUGAUGGCAGGCCUCAGUUCGAGUAAAGCCAAUUAUAAAUUUACCAUUGAUUCUGUUCAAAAUCCAGAAAGACAAAUUGUGCCUUCAAUGUCAUCGCUAUCAGUGCCUUCGUUGUCCAUGUGUGUCUCUGAGCUGGAGAGUAGAUCGUUCAUGCAGCGCAGCCCCCAGCUGAGUCCUUCAGUGGAGACGAGGCUGCAGCCACAGAAGCAGCUCAGACCUCAGCCUCACAUGCUGCAGCUACAGAACCUCCAACCUCAGUCACUCUUUAAACCUGUGCCAAAGCUGGCAGAGGAAGAGGCUCCCCCCAGGCCGCCCUUGCCGUACAUCUACAGCCCUGAUGAUCAGCCUCCUGCUGUACCUCCCCUUCCCAAAGAGGCUUCAGUCAUCAGGCACACGUCGGUGCGGGGCCUGAAGCGCCAGUCCGACGAGAGGAAGAAAGACCGAGAAUUCGGGCAGUAUGUGAACGGGGACUAUAAGGUAGAACUGCGAUCGUACAUGAGCGAACCUGAACUUAUCAACAUAGGAAGUGACCCCAGUCAGUUAAGCAUAGGAGCCUCUGGUCCUGACAGUGGGUACCAGACAUUGCCGAACAGAGGACUGUCAGGCUCAACUUCAAGACUUAACCAGUCAACAAAUAUUUCUUCUUAUGUAACUCUUCGAAGAGGAGUUGCUACAUCUGGUCUGAAGGAAAGACCAAAGAGUGCCUUGGAGCGCCUUUACUCUGGAGAUCAGCAAAAGGGCCGGAUGACUGCGGAAGAACAACUGGAACGAAUGAAGAGGCACCAGAAGGCACUGGUCCGGGAACGCAAGAGGACACUGAGCCAGGGAGAGCACCUGUCCAUCUCGUCACGCUCCUCCUCACGACCUCUCUCUGUGGAUGUGGGCUCAUGGAAGCGAGAGCAGGAAUUUGAUUUACAGUUGCUAGAACGAGCGUUGCGGGGGGAAGACAAGGGGAAAGAGAAAUCUGAUGACUGGCUGACAGUUCAUGCCGUGCCAAUGAAAGAGGCAGAUUUGGAGCCUCAAGACUAUAAUCUGGACAUCAGCAGAGAGUUAUCGAAACCAGACAAAGUUUUAAUUCCGGAGCGAUACGUGGAAAUGGAUCCAGAGGAACCUCUCAGCCUUCAGGAGAUGGAGGCCCGCCAUCGUAAAGUGGAACGGAUCAAAAGCAUCCUCGCCAAAUCAAGUGUUCAAAACAUGCAGCCAGCAGUUAGUCUGGAUGCACAUGAUUUCACAGACCUGGACUCUGCACUGCAGGAGCAGGAACGUAUUAUCACAAUGUCCUAUGCCCUGGCUUCAGAAGCAUCAGAGAAAAGCAAGCAGGCAGCAGCUGAACAGCAGGUGUAUGAACCCAAUGCACCCUCUCCUUCUGUUGCACAGGCACCUUAUCCCCCCCUAAGCAAUGGAUUUCACUACAGAUUUGUCUAAUUUGAAACCAAAGCUACAACUGAACAUUAAGGUGCUGUGGAAAUGCUGAUGUGGACGCAUAGAGGAAAGAAGCAGCAUGGAAGAGAAAAGCUUGUUCAUAUUUAGAUUAGACUGUGAAGGCUUAGCGUUUUGGAGCUAAAAUAAUUUAAACUGCACAUUUUUGUUAAUGAAAAUGUUAAAAGGGAUUUAUUUUGUAAAAUAACUGAAAAUCUUUGCAGUGAAUGCUGAUGUGACUAUUAACUGUGGAAGUUUCUAACACAAUGUUAAUACUGUACCAGAGUACCCUUUUUAUACAUGCUAUUGCACUUUUAAUACAAACUGUACAGUAAUACGUUUAAAGAUCAUAAUAUGUAUGGUUUUUACAAACAAAAAAAAAAAAAAAAAGCGUUUCACAAUAUGUUUGCAGUGUUGUAUGAAUACAAGGGAAGGUUUGUUUUUUUCAAAUGUAUGUUAUGGUGUUAAAAUGACUGAAAAGGAAAUGUUUAAAAGGACAGGUAUACAAGGUCCUCAAUGAUUUUCAUCAAAUUGCUGAUUGUAUUUUUGUCAAACUCAGAUGAUAUUCUUACACCAAAUCAAUUUAAAAAAUAUUUUUAACUAAUCCAGCACUGCCAUUAUAGACUUCAUAAUAGUUUGCCAAAUGGAUUUUAUUUUUUGCUUGGAAUCUCAGUAUAGAAAAAGCACAUUUUAUCUGAAUAUUUUCGGGUUGGGGGGGGGGAAUGAAUUGUAAAUAUAAAAAAUAUUAGCCAGAUGAAGUCAUUUUUUGCCCAAUGAAUUAUUUUUGUGUGUGUGUGUGUGUGUAUUAAAACUUAAGAGUGAAAUAAUUCUUAUACACUAACCCUUUUUUAAAGUUUAAAGUGUAUGCUGUGUUAAAGCAAACAAUAUAAUUUUUCAAAUGACUUGGAAUGAAAUUGUUAUAAUUUCUACAACUUUGGCAAUAGGGAAGUAAUGGUCACAAAGGUAAAGUCUGACUCUACAUGGAAUGCUAAACCUACCCAAACAGUCUUUGCUUGUAUGUUUUAGAAUGUAAUCCAUUACAUACAGUAGGUCCAUCCAGAUUAAAUUAUUAAUAAAAAUAAUAAUACAAUGUUAUACAGUACAUUCAUAUGGUUUAUAUGUCACAGAAAAGUGAGUUUAAAAGCAAGUGAAAUGAUUUUAGAGAAUGUAUUUAACUACAAAAGGAGGAUUGAUUUAACAACAAAAACAUUUAUUUUGGCAAAUUGUUCAGGAAAUAUCUCUACCUGGGGCAGGGUUGCAGACCUCUUGCUGGGUCAUUACCCAUAGGUAUUUAAUUACACUACUGUAUAAUUCUGUAUAUUAUAAAAUAGCUGUUUUUGAAUGUAUAAGUACUUUAGUUUUCAGGGAAUAAAUAUAAAGCCAAAAUAGUUGUUUGAGAAGGGAGAGCAGUUUUAGCAAAAAACAUUUUUUGUUUGUUUGUAACUGAAAUAUGACAGGUUUUAGUAAUUUUCUUGUAGAAUCCAGACAGUAUUUUUGUUUAAACCAAAAAUUCUGUUUUUUCCACUUGGUGUGGAACAACUACUGUACACAGACAUUCUGCACAUAGUCUAUAGUUUUAAGAACAAAGAGACUUCAAUAACUUGUUGAAAGGGGCUCAUUUAUUUUACUUAUCAACUAAUGUUGGUUAACUGGGUUGCACUUUAAAAGACAUUUUUUAUUUUAAAAAAAAAUCUGUUUUUUCUAGACUAGAAAAGCAACCUUUUCUAAAUAGUAACGGAGUAGAAAGGAAAAGUACAAAUGUACAUACAUCACAGCGCCUUGAAUUCUGUUUGAACAGUGUUAUUGAUUGCUUUGACCUCUUUACAUUUCAUUCUAUUAUUUGAAAAGGGAUUCUAACUUUAGCUGAAUCCAACCAACAGAGGUGAACUUUCAGUGAAAACUUCUUGAGACAUUGCUGUAGUUCAAAGGUUGUGCAUUUUAAAGGGCAUUUUUAAUUGAGUCCAGUACAGUAUUUGGCAAUGUGGUGUGCAGUGCUGAUUUUAAUAUAUUCAUAUUUUACUCUAGAUGCACUUCAUGCAUAGUACCCAGUGAUAGGAUUGAGGAGACACAUUAAGAUCAUUUGGCCGAGACAAAAAUAAAAGUAUUUUUUCUUCCCUUUGAUGCGGUUGUUCUUCAUAACGCAGCACAGUAACCCAUUUAAAAUGAGAUUCACAUUAAAUUACGUUGAACUGUCUGAGACUAGCCAAUAUGGAUUCCAAUGUAUGUAACAUGCAUUGUAAACAGACAUACUUUAAAAGGGUAAAACAAAUUUUUUUUUUUUAAAUGAUUGAUUCCUACAAGGAGAAUUUGAGCAAUAAAAAAUGAUUAAUUAA